GAGAUGCUAGAUCCUGCAUGCAGAUCAACCAGUCUCAACAAAGAUGCAGGUACUAUGAAUGUAGCAAACAAACAGCAUGGCUUUCAUUUAAGUUUAGCACAGAAGUAGCUGAACUAGAGCCAAAGGGGUUAUUCAUGUCGGGGCAUAUAUCUUCUAAGUAAUCCCUGAAAAGUGAUGACUAAGCACCUGCUUGGUGCUUUGGUGUCUCACAAAACUUGGGAAAUAACCCCGGAGGUAACUCUCCAGCUUCAUUACCAUCCAAUUACCAAGAUGUAAACAGCCUGUCCGCUCAGUGAGAUGGUGACUUGGAGCGAAAUUUAGUUUGAUGUAAGGCACUGAAGAACUGGAAAUGUCCUGCACUUCUGAAUAUGCAGUAUUUUCUAGAUAUCGUCACAAGAAUACAUUUGAGGAAAUGGAGAAUGAAGAUGGCUAUAUGAUGCUGAAGAAUCACUUCAAAUCCAGAAAAAGAUCUAAAGAUGUCCCUCUGUAUCUACAAUAUCACUGUCUUUUGCUAGUAUUUGGAUGCAUUGGGAUCCUCAUUAUCAUCACAGCAGUGAUUGGCCUGGACUUUUGGUUUAAAAAAAUGGACUUCUCUCAGAAAGAAAAUAUCACCAGCCUAGCAGGAAAUAAUUUUGUGUGCCCAGAAGACUGGCUAUGGAACCAAGGGAAAUGUUACAGGUUUUCAACUUUUUCUAAAACUUGGAAUGAGCGUCAACGUGAUUGUGCAAAGCUCCAGGCACAUUUGCCAGUGAUUCAAAAUUCAGAAGAGCUGGAGUUCACACAGAAGAGUUUAAAAUCGGGCCAUCCUAGCUGGAUUGGAUUAUAUAUGAUAUCUCCAGGAAAACAAUGGAUGUGGAUAAAUGAGCACCUUUUUAUGGAACAAAAACAUUUUUCCGUGAUUGGAUCAAUGGGUAACACGAACUGUGCUGUCGUAACAAGAAGUCAAGUGUAUUCUGAAGACUGUGACUCCAAAUUUAAUGGCAUUUGCCAGAGAGAUGCUGUCUGAACAACAAAAGCAAAUCUGUGCAUUUAAAGAACCAGAAGAAAUAUGUAUGGAUGUUAAUAGCGCCAAUUUUUUUCAUUAGUGGAAUAUAAUUUUUUUAGUACAAAUAAAGUUUUUUCAAGUAUUCCUAA